AGCCGACGUCCCGUCGUUUCACGCAAACUCAAACGCAGCUUUUUCUUCUUUUAAACUUUUUAACAUCUAUGAAAAUAGCUCUCAUCUAGCCAGUUUCAAACGUCAAAAGGACCGUCGAAGUGCUCUCUAGCCCUGGAAAGGAAGCCGUGUUUUUUUGUGCAGUUUUUGCAUCAACUUUUGCAUCUUGUGUUGUGUUAGUGAAAUUGGUAUCGGUACCGGUAUCGUGUGGUAUCCGGUACCAAUUAGUUCGGCAAGUGAAGUUCAUUGUCAUUUCGUUUGUCUUGUCAUGAAAGUGACGCGGCGUUGACACGCCAUGCGCGGCGUGACGUGACGUCGAUGGCGUGCUCCGCGCGCCAGCCGCAAGAUGGCGCGCGAGCCCGGCGCCAGCACGCCAGGCCCCCUGUCUCCGUACGUGACGCUGGGAGCGGUGCGGUACGCGGUCCGCCGAGCGCCGCCGCCGCGGGUCUGCCCCUGCCGCUGCUGCUCCGAGGAGGCGGUGGCGGCUUGUCUCGGCCGCGCCAAGCCGGACCGCCGCACGCUGGAGCGCUUAAGACCCCGCAUGGGUCGCGGCGCGCGCGACGACCGGCCCUCGCGUCAUCAGCGCCUCCAAGAUCUCACGAAGCGGUUGUUGCCGCGUGGCAACAGUACACCUCCAGUGUCUCCUCAACCACCGCCUCCACCGCCUCCUCCGCCUCCACCACACUCUGCACCUGUCUUACCUCCAGUACCACCUCCCCGUUCACGGCACCGCCAUAGCCCUACUCGCGGUGUCUCCGUCGACCGCUAUGAAAAUGACAUUUUUGAUACGGAAAAGAUUACACUACCACGAGUCGAGUCUCGAUUGAUCGUCGGCUCGUAUGCGCAAAAAACUAUACCAUAUCGUAGUGCUUCAUUUU